AACCUUUGUCUGGGCGCCCGGCCCGCCUUCCUGCCUUCCCUCUGCGUCGCCUUCGGAGGAUCGAACCUUGAGCUCCCCAACGUUCUGAGUCUUAAAGGAGCGGCGCCUCUCUGAAGCAAAAGGAACGAGGGAAAAGUAAUUAAGAGGGGGGAAAGUGUUAUAAAAGCCAGGCAAAGAUGAGGGAAAUCGUGCACAUUCAAGCUGGGCAAUGUGGUAACCAGAUCGGUGCAAAGUUCUGGGAGGUGAUUAGUGAUGAACAUGGAAUUGAUCCCACUGGGACUUACCAUGGGGACAGUGACCUACAGCUUGAUCGCAUCAGUGUUUACUACAAUGAAGCCACUGGUGGCAAGUAUGUCCCUCGUGCCAUUUUGGUUGAUUUGGAGCCAGGAACUAUGGACUCCGUAAGGUCUGGACCUUUUGGGCAGAUUUUCCGACCAGACAACUUCGUAUUUGGCCAGAGUGGAGCUGGUAACAACUGGGCCAAAGGGCAUUAUACAGAAGGUGCUGAGCUGGUGGAUUCAGUCCUGGAUGUGGUGAGGAAGGAAGCAGAGAGCUGUGACUGUCUGCAAGGUUUCCAGCUGACCCACUCUCUGGGUGGUGGAACCGGUUCAGGAAUGGGCACCUUACUGAUCAGCAAGAUCCGGGAAGAGUACCCUGACCGCAUCAUGAACACCUUCAGCGUGGUGCCAUCUCCCAAGGUCUCUGACACAGUGGUAGAGCCAUACAACGCCACCCUCUCAGUGCACCAGCUGGUGGAGAACACAGAUGAAACCUACUGCAUUGACAACGAAGCCCUUUACGACAUCUGCUUCCGGACCCUCAAGCUUACCACUCCUACCUACGGCGACCUGAACCACCUGGUGUCCGCCACCAUGAGCGGUGUGACCACCUGCCUCCGUUUCCCUGGACAGCUGAAUGCCGACCUCCGCAAGCUGGCGGUCAACAUGGUCCCCUUCCCUCGGCUCCACUUCUUCAUGCCUGGCUUUGCCCCCUUGACCAGCCGUGGCAGCCAACAGUAUCGAGCCCUGACAGUACCAGAGUUGACCCAGCAAGUAUUCGAUGCCAAGAACAUGAUGGCAGCCUGCGACCCCCGCCACGGGCGCUACCUGACUGUGGCCGCUGUAUUCCGGGGACGCAUGUCCAUGAAAGAAGUAGAUGAGCAGAUGUUGAAUGUCCAGAACAAGAACAGCAGCUACUUUGUGGAAUGGAUCCCCAACAACGUCAAAACAGCCGUGUGCGACAUCCCUCCCCGAGGUCUCAAAAUGGCAGUCACCUUCAUCGGCAACAGCACAGCUAUCCAAGAGCUGUUCAAGCGCAUCUCCGAGCAGUUCACCGCUAUGUUCCGCCGCAAGGCCUUCCUCCACUGGUACACAGGUGAGGGCAUGGACGAGAUGGAGUUCACAGAGGCCGAGAGCAACAUGAACGACCUGGUCUCCGAAUACCAGCAGUACCAGGACGCCACAGCUGAGGAAGAGGAAGAUUUCGGCGAAGAGGCUGAGGAGGAAGCUUGAGGUUAACCCUGCUAUCAUUUCAUGAAUUAAAAGUUAAAUAAAUAAAUCCGCACAAAAUAAAAAUUAAACAAAAAUUGCAUCUCCCAAGUUCUGUUCCUUUUUCCUUUUACUCUAGCUUGUUCUGUCUCCUUCCUUCUCUUUUUGCAGGCGGGGGAAGUCUCCAUGUCAAAACCUAGUGAGGGUUGCCCUAGCUCUUGUGUACAUAUUCCUUGGUGUAACUUACACCUGCUACAGAUUUAAUACUGAUCAGUGUUUUGAAGUAGCUAAGUGGGGUUAGUGUGUGAGGAAAGGUUCCCUGGAAGAGCAGCUCCAGGUUUUGUUGGACUUCAAACUUCCAUAAGUUUUUGCCACUGUUGUCAGUGGUGAGGGAUGAUGGGAGCAAGGGUUUAGUUGACAUCUAGAAAGGCCUGGGCUAUCUUUUCCUCUGUGUCCUCUUGCCAGUUUUCAUCUGUCUCAGCAACACUUGAGAAGCUUCUUUACUCAUUCUGCUCUUUCCGCACAUCUGAUUCAUGAGCUAUUAAAGAGGGAACAAGGGUGUAAGAGUACUUAAUUGUGAAUGGAAUAGAAAGGUGAUAUGGUAAAGACCUUUAAUCAGCCUUUCUCAACCCAGAACCUGUCAGGUAUGUCAUCCUUGGUCAGGAAUAGGAUAAUGGGCAUGAUCAACUUGAAGGUUACUAAGGUUUGUAGCCAAAGUCCUUACAGCAAUGGUUCUCAAGCUGUGGGUCCCCAGAUGUUUUGGCCUUCAACUCCCAGAAAUCCUUAACAGCUGGUAAACUGGCUGGGAUUUCUGGAAGUUGUAGACCAAAAACACCUGGGGACACACAGGCUGAGAACCACUGCCUUACAGGAUAGAAGAAGCAGAAUUUGUUAUCUCUUUCCAGGAUUUACUGGAACCAGGAGACAACAGCUGUGUUUUGAAUACUUUUGAAAACUAGAAGAAAUGGUGUGUGUCUUCUGCUUUGCUCCUUUCACUCUCGAUUUCCCACUUGAAUCUGUCCCUCUAAAUACCUUUGGUCUGUUCUUAAAUCUGAACUCACAACAGAAUGGGAGAAGAGUGGUGACAUUGCCACUUCCGACACUGCCAAAACAUGUGUCAAAUCAUUACUAUUUAAAACUUGUGCUCUAUCUUGCCUUUUUAAAAGCCCCGAAGGAGGCAGCUUUUGACCUUGUGAGAGCUUGGACAAAAACUCUGGAAGACCAGGGUUCGAAUCCCCAUUGAAACCCACUUGAGCAAGACACACUGCCGCAGCCACAGAAGAAGGGAAGGGCAAAAACCCUCUUCUGAGCAAACAUGACCAAGAAAAAAAAACAUUGUGACAGGUUCACCUUAUAGUUGCAAUAAUUCAGAAAUAACUUGAAGGCACACAACAAGAGGAAUCUUGCCAUUUUCUAUCUGCUCAUUCCAGACCGUAUCGGUGCUCAGAGAUGGCAGCAACUUUCUGCCUUCCAGUUAUUUUUUGCUCUACUUUAUAGAGCUGCCUCUUAAAAGAUGUGCCAGCCUAAAGUAGAAAACAGUCAGAUAGCAGUACAGAAAAUUUGCCAUAGAAGAAAUGUGGAACAAGACAAUAGUUCCUACAUCAGCCCCAAAUGGGUGCUGUUUUCAAAGACUUCACGUCCCCUUCCUCUUGUCUUGCCUAUUUCUGUCUCUUGCUUGUUAUCUCGGGGUUUUUUUGGCCACUCAUUUGUCUAUUCCUCUAAAACACUUGCUUUUUCAUGCUGCCCUUCCAUCUGUCUGUGUUUCUCAUUACAUCUUUUUUAUCACUCUUUUCCCCUUCAUCUUUUUUUAAAAAACAACAACCCAGCUUUUUCAUAUUGAAAAGAUGUCUUGUCAACAAAUAAAAUGGUUUUUAUGUUU